AUGAGUUGUGCUAUGGCCAUAAUUGCCGUUGGAGUGGAGUCAGACGUUGCUCCGCUCGAAAGGCGACACCGCGCCCUUCUAAGAAUUGCGCAAGCGCCGGCGAAAUAUAACGAGCGCCUAGCAUUCGCCUCGCUGUGGGUGGGCGAGCGGCUGCGAGAAAUGCGACCCAACGCAAUCGGCAAGACCACCGGCUUAGCAAUGUCUAUUGGGAAGAUAGCGGAGUUUAAAGUGCACACUGACAAUUGGAGAUUGUAUGUGGAGAGGCUUGAGCAAUACUUUGCGGUAAACAAAAUCGCCAGCGAGCUUCAUGUGCCUACAUUAAUCACGGUCAUGGGAGCAGAAUGUUAUGAGCUACUGCAUAGUGUCAACAUAAUACGCGAUGACGACACGAUACGACAUGACGAGGUUGUAAGCAGUGACGAAAGUGACGAGUUCCAGAUAUUG